UUUCUGAGUUAGAACAUGGACAAUGGUAACGUCAAUAAUGUGCUGCGCUUUCUAUCGCUGCACAUCAAAGACUGCCUGGGCUGCAAAGAUGUGAGCGUGUCGUCCCAAUCCAACAACGUGCAUGUGAUACUGUACAGUGCUGAAGAUGCGGAUCAGGCCGGUGGCAUAACUGUCGCCGAGACACCUGUGGCCCAGGCCAUACAGCUAUUGUGCACUCUGGCCUUUCCGGACGAGAAGACCUUAAGCGAGCUGCCGCUGCUGAAGGUGGGACGCGGCAGCGUGUCCCUGCGCUUCCAGCUGUCGCGCAUUGUGGAUGAGGAGGAGGAGGACCCCGAAAGCGAUUUGGACACGACGCCAUGCACCUCAGCGGAGGCAGCCAGGCGGCUCGGGGCUCAAAAGUUGCGCCGCGAGGCACGCAAAAGGGACAAAAUGCAAAAGAAAGGGACGGAAGUGAAGGUCAAGCGACGCUUCGAUAAGCCCACAGCGCUGGAGUGGGUCAGCUAUUCGGUGAAUAGCGGCAAGAGUCUUACAUGCCGUUUGGAAGAGUUUCACGGCCAGUUCUUUGAGGUGGCCCAGUACUCGACCAUCCAUCUGUGGGAUUUGGAGCACAAGUGUUCCGGAAAUUGGCUGCAAAUCAUCCAGGCAGACGCCAAUAGCUACCAAAACUUCCAGACCCCUGACAAUCCGUUCGAGACCUUUGCCAAGCUCUUCGAACGCCAGGUCCUGGACGAAGGGAAUGUCAUAUGCCAAUUGGCACGAUCCUGUGUGACCCUAACCGAGGCUGUGCGACGUUCGGAGCGUGAAUUCGUGUUGCAAGUCUUUAACCAAGUGCGCAGCACAUUCGAGUACAUAACCAUGAAUAAGUACACGGUGUGGUUCCUAGUGCCAGGCCGCCAAGGAGACCAAAUUCUGCCAGAUGGGGAGUUUGACUUCGAUUUGCGUAACGUGCGCACAUCCAUCCGUAUGGCUGGCGAUGACAGGAACAUUUACUGGAGCCAAUCCGAUCACAAUAUCCAGGACUUGCUCAUUAUAUCCUUCCAAUUGGCGCUGAGCUACAGGGCCAAACAGUCGGUGCUGAUUAUCAGCCAUUUGAAAAGGCUGGCCGAGUUCGUGUGCUGGCAGUUUGUCACUGCUUCCUACAUGAACGACAUCUAUGCACGUAAACCCACAGAUUCCAAAUGGGUCUGCAUGCGCUACUUGCAACGUAUUGUGGAAGUCGCCCAGUGUCAUGGCACUAUUGUGCUUAUUGAAUAUCCCAGCUUCCUUAGCCUGCUCUCCGAUGAGCGCCAAGUGAUUAAGUGCAAGAAGAGCGCGGACGAUGAGUCCUGGAAUGUGUGCGUUGAGGAAGCCGACAAAUCCGAGUCCUGCUUGGAACCCUUAAAGGCGGCCAUCAACAUGAACAUUAGCAGUUCCUAGACAAGGAUUCCCCUCAUAUAGCUUUCCAAAUAUGUAUUCCAUUGCUCCGUCUUGUAAUUACACUGCCUGCAACUCCAUUCUUCAGCACAAUUUCAAUUAGGGUUUUGUGGGCUGUCAGUCGGCUGUUUGCCGCACAGCCAGCAAGCCAUCGCCAUCGCCAUCACCAUUCUCAUCCGUAUCCUCCUCGGCAUCCGCAUCCUGGCUGCCGCAACAACUACAACUACAGUGGCAGUCAGUCAAAGGCGCGCGUCAUUUGCUGGCGAAAUGCAUUCUACGUAAACCUAAAAGCAUUUUAAGCUAAAACCCAACGCACAACAACAACCGCUCUCGACCCAGUUAGAAGACCAGGACCAGGGCCGGGAGUUACAGCUGGUUGGCAUGUCAAGGAACGCUGGAACGCUGCUGGAAGGAGCAACUAUCUGGCUGACUUGACUUGACUGAUUGGCGGUUGUUUGCGCAACUUUUCGGCGCCAGAUAUUAGAUUUUAGAAUGUAUCUUCAUAAUAUAAUUAAUAUUGGUAGGGCCAAGACGAACGAACAGAGGGCCG